AUGGUCAUACUGAACGCUUCAAUAGAACAAAGUGAAAAUAGAAAUAAAACUUGAAAUAUAGAUUGAAUAGUUAUUAUAUACGAAACAGUUAUAUAUUUAUAUCCGAGCCUACAAAAAACAAAUUAAUUAGAAACAAGAAAGAAGAGGGAUACUUUAAUUUGGAAUUAUUUAAGGUCAAAUUAUAACGAUAAGAUGAAAAUACUCACAACUUUAGCACUAUUAUCACAGAUUUUACAGUCAAUAUUGGCCAAAGAAGACCCAUUGCUAGACCAAGGUCAGUGCACCACGACAAAUACAGACUCCGACGACGUUUGGAAUGGAACCCUUUCUUUCAACAUCAACCCAACGUGUCAGCUUGUAAAACCUGUGUAUUCAUGGACAAUUGUCAACCCGGCACUCGUCAAUAUAACAAGCCCCGUGGUGCUUGAACUUACGUUCCACAACUUUACAACUGAAAACAGCAACAAUGCAAAAUGUGACCAGUCUGACAGAAUUGAGGUUAUGGAGUACGUUGGAUCACCCACGACAGUCUGUCGGAGUAACCAAAUCAGCUUUACAGAAACUUUUAAAAUACAUCAAUAUGUAAUGAAUUCCGAGUAUAUCAAGUACAGCCAUUAUAAUAAUGAGGAUGUUCCUUCAUUCAACAUCACAUACAGAUUUCCUGAUUACCCAUGCUUCAAAUGUAACGAAGGCGAUACAUGUGAGAAGGACGCGUGCCUAGAUUCUGAAAACAAAUGUUCGACUCUACAACAGGCGUUUAAGUGCGUCAGAAACCCGUGCUUUGAAAAUCCAUGUGACAACAACGGCACGUGCUCGCGGAAAAUUGACGACAAAAAUGCUUAUAGCUGCACGUGUUUAGAAAAUUAUACGGGUAAAAAUUGCACUGAUGAAAAACCAUGUUCAACAGUAACUUGUGAAAAUGGUGGGAAAUGUGUUGUUUCAUCUGAAAACAUUGGUGUUUGCGAGUGUCCACCUGAUAUAUGGGGCGAAUCAUGCCAGACUAUAAACGACGGUACAUUUUGUUCCCCUGAAGUAGACAAAUAUAAUGGCAGCAAAAUUAUUUGGAAAGCAACAAAAAGUGGUCACACAGACACAGAGCCAUGCCCCUUUGCCAAUGGUACAGCAACACGGAAAUGCAAUUCAAAAGAGGAUACACCUCUCUGGGCCCAGCCGGAUCUCAGUCUCUGCGUAAGCCCAGACUUCAGUCAACUGCUUACAGAUGUUGGUACACUACUGGAAGCUGAAGAAGUGACGUCAGACGCAAUUCUAAAUAUAAC